UUCGUGAUUUUCUUCAUUCUGCAUUCUUCGCAGUUGGAGAAUGCUCAGAAGCAGUUUACUUCACCAAGGAAGACGAUUUCUCACUUCUGAUAUCAGAAACGAUUUGAGAAAGCGAAUCGUUGUAUGUCCAAACGGUGCGGUAGCUGCUUGGCAUCCUGCUCCUGCAUUCCCUUACGAACAUACGAGACCUGUGGAGCUACGGAAGAACGAGGAAGAGGAGACUGCACUGUCUGCAGCCGUGAAGUGCACUAAUCGGUGGAAAAAAGGUCCAGUCAACUCGCAGCUGAAGGAUAUUUUCUAUACAAGCAAGCACGAGUGGUACACAAGAAACUUCCUCUUAGCCGUAGAGCAUACUCCUGUCUAUACUGUAGGUAUUCGCUCAAAGUUGUACACAGAAGAAGAGGAGCUGAAACUCAAAGCGCUUGGGGCUGACUUCUAUAGAACUUCUCGUGGCGGACUGAUCACAUUUCAUGGUCCCGGGCAGCUUGUGAUAUAUCCUAUAUUCAACUUGAAACACAUUGCUCCUCGUCCAAUAGGUGUGAAGAAGUACGUCGAAAUGCUGGAACAGAUUGUGAUUGAUUGUGCAAGUGAAGACUUCAACGUAUCAAACGUGGGGCGAACCCAGCACACAGGAGUAUGGGUUGGACAAACAAAAAAGCUUGCUGCUUUGGGAAUAGCUGUUUCCCAUGGAGUUUCGUAUCACGGUCUGGCUAUGAACUGCAAUACAGAUCUGUCUUGGUUUGAUCAUGUAGUUGCUUGUGGAAUAGAGGGAGCAGAAGCUACAUCACUAAGUCGCGAAUGUGAACGUGAUUGUAGAAGCAUAGCUUUCGAGAUCUCCUGUGGGGCAUGGUAUUCUUGGACGUUUCUAUCUUUUGACAUGUGGUCAUCACCAAGAUGUUCUUCUUUGUUGUAA